GGCGGGACGAGGGGAGUCAGAGCGGACCGACGCAGCGCCGUGAUCCCUCCGAAGCACGCCCUCGCGCCCGGCCGCGUCGCCCACGGAGCGUCAGUUCGCUGCCGCCUCCGUGACAACAAACACGGGCGCCGGACGAGGCCAAAGGGGCUGGAGGAACCGCGAGUUUUUAAAUAAAGGAGAAGGUGCAAUAUACAAAGAGCCUCACACGCAGACGAGAUGCGUCAUCACGUGUUACUGGUCGCUUGGACGACAAUUUUCCUGCUUUCCCACGCGUCGUCCGCUCUCGAGGCCCGCCCAGCAGCCGACGGACUUCGAGCCGAGGCUGUCUUCCAGGACCUGGGUCUUGACCGAGAGGCCUUCGACAGCGCGGUGACAGCCACCACCCGGGCUCUGCUUAGCGGGGAUUUAGGCGACGCCAUGAGAGCCACGGCCAAAACUUUCAGUCUCGUUGCCCACUCAAGCGCAGCGCGACAGUACUCCUCCUCCUCCUUCGACCCCAUCAUAGGAUUCGCCAUCCUCGGAGGCAUUAUCGUCGCCGCCCUUGCUGCCUGGCUGGGCUACAUCCUCUCCUCCGCCAGGCGUCGACGAAGGAGGGAGCUGGACGGGCUGAAGCAUGGUCUGUCGCUGGAUCAGACGGCCGCUAUCUUGGAUUGCCUGGCGCGAUCGGAGGCGAAGAUAAUGUGUCUCGCGUGUGAGGCCGCCAAACCCUUUGGAUGGUGUAGAUAGAGGGUGUAGAAAGGCGGGGGGGGGGGGGGUGUAGAUGGAAGGUGUCGAAAGGGGCGGGGGAGUAGAUAGAGGCUGUUGGGCUUAAAGAGGAAGGUUUAGGCCUACUGGAUCACUGUUUUUUUUUUUUUUUUUUUUCAACUGUUGCCAUUGCAAUUAUAUUAAUA